AUGGUUCGCCAAAUAAUUGUCGACAGUCCUCUGCUCAAGAUUGGCUGCACUCUGGGGGAAGGUACGCCACGAAACAACCCAGCCAACGCUCCUAUCGACUCCGAAAAGGACCGGUGCGCCUUUGCGACACUGAGAUACCUGUCCUCAACUGCCAAGAUUAUUCACUACAACACGGUGAGUCUGGAGGUGGAGGUUGAGCAAUUCGACGAGAAGAUUGGUUGUAUCGCGUUACGAUGCAACGGACCUGGACUGGCUGGUGCUGCUGCUCAAGGCUUUGCUUUGUUUGAAGGACAGUCGAAGAAAGAAUACUUGAGUCGGCCUAUGCCAGCAGACUUUGUACCGUUUAGUCGGUUUAAUGACGGAGCGUGCUCGAGGGAAGGGCAUUUCUUUGCUGGGACUAUGUAUGACAAGGAGCGCGGGGUUCCGGGCCAGCUGUGGAGAUAUGAUCCAGUAAGCGCUUGCUGCGCCAUUGCAGAUCCGGGUCCGUUCACGGACAGCAACGGCUUGGGCUGGAGUCCAGACAACAAGAUUUUCUACUUCACCGAUUCGAUCGAGAACUUGAUUUAUGCCUACGACUACAACGAUGGUCAGCUAUCCAAUCGCCGCGUGUUUGUGGAUGCUAUGGCUCUUGGUCUCCCUAAGAAGACCUUCUGCGACGGACUGUGCGUCGACGAAGAAGGUUAUGUCUGGGGAGCCCGAUGGGGAGGGUCAAACAUUGUACGCUACAGUCCCGAAGGCACAAUCGACCUGGAAGUUGUGUUUCCAACGGUCCUGAAUGUCACCUCAUGCGCAUUCGGAGGGCCCAACAACGACAUAUUAUAUGUGACGACGGCACAUUGCAGAGCGAGUGGGGAGGAGGAUAGGCAGACGGAGUUUCCGGACUCUGGUCACCUGUUUAGUGUCAAGACGGAUACGAGAGUCAUCAUGCCGUUAUGUCUCACGUGCAACUGCUUUGUGUUACUCGUCACGGCUUGCCUAAACACCCAAUUCAAGCCACCACCACCUCAAGACAUGGCCACUUUCUCCUCGGCUCCUAUCGUCAUAGACGGGAAGGGCCACCUCCUCGGCCGGCUUGCCUCGAUUAUCUCGAAGCAGGUUCUGAAUGGCCAGAAAAUCGUUGUCGUACGCUGCGAGGAGAUCAACAUAUCGGGCAGCUUUUUCCGCAACAAGCUGCGGUACCACAACUUCCUUCAUAAACGCCAUAUUGUCAACCCCAAAAAAUCCGGACCCUUCCACCACCGCGCUCCUUCUAAGAUCCUCUACCGGGCAAUUCGCGGCAUGACCCCCCACAAGACUCCCCGUGGGGCUGCUGCCCUCAAACGUCUUCAACUCUUUGAAGGAGUGCCCCCGCCCUUUGACCGCAAAAAGCGCAUGGUUGUCCCGGAAGCCCUCCGUGUCCUGAGACUCAAGCCUGGCCGCAAGUACUGCACCGUCAAACGUCUGUCUCACGAGGUUGGCUGGGGCUACAAGGAUGUGGUGGACCGUCUCGAGGAGAAGCGGAAGAUCAAGGCUCGUGCCUUCCACGAGCGCAAGCUUGCUGCAGUCAAGUUGCGCCAAAAGGCCGUGGCAGACAACGGGGCUUCGUUCGAAAAGUUGAAGGAACUUGGUUAUUGA